CAUGAUAAGGUUAAAGUUCGAGUGCACGACAGGAGUGCGAUUAUUGCUUUUUUGGUGUUGCUGCCAGUUGCAUUUAUUUAACUUCUAAAAUGUUUCUAUAGUUAAAAUCUUUGACAUUAAAACAAAGGGAUAGGUGCUCUUGGAGGUUUGGAAUUGUAUAGCUGGUUAACCUGCUCUGGGGGGGUUUUGAACCGUCUCGUAGUAAGGUAGCUACCCUGCUAGCUAGCUACUUUGUUGAUUACAACGCUAGCUAGCUAGAAGUAAACAAACUGCCUAACUAGCUACAUUAUAUAAGUAUUUUGUUACGUGCGUGUUUUUUGUAGCGUCGUCAGCUUACGGACUAAAGCAACAAAACACAAAAUGGGCUCAUCGAAGAAACACAAAGAAAAGGGCCGGGAAAGGGACGCAGAAGAACGGCACCGGGACCACAAGAAGCAUCGUCAUAAGGACCGAGAGAGGGAAAAGGAACGAGACGGUAACCGUGAAAGGGAGAAGAGGAAACGGUCCCGAUCAAAGGAGAGAGGGAGCCGUGGGACUGAGAAGGAAAGCCGCUCUAAAGGCGAAAAGAGUAAUGGGGAGCCUCGGGUCAAGAAAGAGAAAGUGGAUACCACAUAUGAGGAGAGUAAUGCUGGUACUUCAAAGUCUGCUGGUGGGGAUGCAUCGCUCAGCAUCGAAGAAACGAAUAAACUCAGGGCCAAGCUUGGCCUGAAGCCCCUGGAGUUGAAUGAAAGCAAAAAAGAGCUUGGAACCAAGGAGGAGCCCUUGGUGGCAGAGACCAUCAACCCUGCUUAUCUCAAGCAGCAGAAGGAGAUGAGAGAGAAGCUGGCAGCCCUUAAGGAAAAGCGCCUGCUCAACCAGAAGCUUGGUAAGGUGAAGACCCUGGCGGAGGACGACCCCUGGCUGGAUGACACUGCGGCGUGGGUGGAGCGGAGUCGCAAAAUGGCCAAGGAAAAGGAGAUGGCAGAGAAGAGAGCUAAGCUUCUGGAAGAAAUGGAUGAAGAGUUUGGUGUGAGCAACCUGGUGGAGCAGGAGUUUGGGCAUGGCAGAAAGGAAGUCUAUGGUUCCGGUGACCUGAAGGGGCUCACAGUUCAGCACAAAAUGGAGUCCUUCAAGGAGGGAGAGACCGUCAUCCUCACACUGGAAGACAAGGGUGUGCUGGAGGAGAAGGAGGACGUCCUGGUGAACGUGGGGCUGGUGGACAGAGAGAAGGCGGAGAAGAAUGUGGAGCUAAAGAAGAAGAAGCCAGAAUACAAGCCUUACUUAGAGGAAGAGAGCGUGGAUGACAUGGUGACGUUAAAACCCCGUACGGUGCUGUCCAAGUACGACGAGGAGAUCGACGGGGAGAAGAAGAAGAGUUUCCGGCUGAGCGCGGGGGGUCGGGCCGAGGGGGACCGGGAGCGUGAGCUGCAGGCCAUCAGGGAGACCCUCCACAGCCAGGCCCAGACGCUGGACCUGCCCGCGCUCACCAUCGCCUCCGAGUACUACACCCCACAGGAGAUGGUGGGCUUCAAGAAGACGAAGCGGCGUGUGAAGAAGAUCAGAAAGAAGGAGAAACCUGUGAAGCCAGUGGACGUGCUUCCGGACGACACGCGCAACACGGACUUCGGCUCCAGGACCAGAGGUCGCGGGCGCCACGGGACUGAGGAGGCAGGGGAGGGCAGGCCGGAAGCCGACGCUGGGGAGGAGGGGGCUGCUGGGCCGGCGGACGUCAUUCAGCGCUCAGAUGACAACAGACUGGAGGACAUGGAAAUCAGUGACGAUGAGGAGUUCUCCCCUCCAGAGCCGACCACUUUGGAGGAGGACGAGGCAGAGCAGGAGCUGCAGAAGCAGCUGGAGAAGCAGAGGAGGCUGAAACAGAAGCAAAUGCUCAGAGACUCUGGGGAGAAGGUGGCAGAGCAGGUUAAAGUGCUGGUCACUCAGGGAGGAGCGCGGGACGAUGACGACGAUCCGGACAGGAAGAACAACAUCGUUUUCAAUGCCACCUCUGAGUUCUGCCGGACUCUGGGAGACAUCCCCACAUAUGGGCUUUCAGGAAACAGAGAGGAUCAGGAAGACAUCAUGGACUUUGAGCAGGAGGAAGAGAGAGAUGGAGCUGGAGGCUCUGACUCAGAGCUGGAUGAGAACGUGGGCUGGAGCAUGGUCAACCUGGACGAGGAGCAGAAACAGCCUGACUUCUCCACUGCCUCCACCACCAUUCUGGAUGAAGAGCCCAUUGUUAACUCUGGACUGGCUGCAGCCCUUCUGCUCUGCAAGAACAAGGGUCUCUUGGACACUCAGGUGCAGAAAGUUGCAAGGGUUCGAGCCCCAAAAGGUGCCCUGCCAAAUGACAAUUACUGCAUUGAAGACAAGAUGAUGAUAGAUGACAAGUACAGCAGGAGGGAGGAGUACAGAGGCUUCACCCAGGAGUUCAAGGAGAAGGAAAGCUAUAAGCCUGAUGUCAAGAUCGAAUAUGUGGAUGAAUCUGGCCGCAAGCUCACGCCAAAAGAGGCUUUCAGGCAGCUCUCCCACCGUUUCCAUGGGAAAGGUUCUGGAAAGAUGAAGACUGAGAAGAGGAUGAAAAAGCUUGAGGAAGAAGCGCUGCUGAAGAAGAUGAGCAGCAGUGACACUCCCCUCGGCACAGUGGCUCUGCUCCAGGAGAAGCAGAAGUCUCAGAAGACCCCAUAUAUUGUCCUCAGUGGUAGUGGGAAAAGCAUGAAUGCAAACACCAUCACCAAAUAAACAUGGGUGAGAAGUGGGACCAGAGCAGAUGUGCAUACCAUACACACACAUACACAUACAAUUUUAAUGUUUGUUUUUGAAAAUGAAUAAAAUUUAGUGACUACUUGGUGUGUAUGUGCAGAGGGUACUUUUUGUUGCUUUUGCUUUUGAAUUAUGUAUACAAUGUAAACUGUCAUAAUUUACAUAAAGAACUUAGUAUGUUUA